AUGAAAGAAUGUGUAAAAAUAAUGGGCACAACAAAAUGGAGUUUAUAUUUAGUUUUACAGGAUUCUCCACUGUACUAUAUGCCAAUGACAGAUAUGCAAACUCCUAACAUGCUCUGCAGUGACUUGGACAAUGAAGGAUACAAAGAGUUGACAUUGAGUUUCCCUAUACUCAACAUUCUAAACUUCCACUCUACCAUCUUGGAUAUUUGA